AUGGAUCAAGGGCACGAGAGGAGGCAACGGACAUCAGCGGUGUCAGUUUUUUGCCUACUUAUGUGUGUGUGCGCGCUGGACCGGGUGCUCGCCCAGAUUCGGUACUCGGUUCUCGAGGAGCGCGAGCACGGCGCAUUUGUCGGUAACAUUGCCGAGGACUUGGGCUUGGAUGUCUCCAGGUUGUCUGCCAGGCGAUUCCGCAUCGUGUCGGGGGCGAGGAAACAGUACUUAGAGGUCAAUUUGGAAAACGGGAUUUUGUUUGUGAACGAGAAGAUUGAUCGAGAGGAGUUAUGCGAACAGAGUCCGAUUUGUUUCUUGCAUUUGCAGGUGGUCAUUGAAAACCCACUGGAACUGUACCGAGUGGAAGUUGAAAUCUUAGACGUUAACGACAACGCUCCGAGUUUUCCGUGGAGCGAAUUCAAUCUAGAGAUAACCGAGUCCGCCGCGCAGGGCUCACGGUUCCCGCUCGAGAGCGCGCAAGACCAAGACGCAGGAUCCAACUCGCUCCGCUCGUACCUGCUGAGUGCUAACCAACACUUCGUGCUGGACGUGCAGACGCGCAACGACGGGAGCAAGUUCGCAGAACUCGUGCUAGAGUCUCCCUUAGACCGGGAGAAGCAAAAAAUGCACGAAAUGGUCCUAACCGCUGUGGACGGCGGCUCUCCGCUGCGCUCGGGCACUGCUCAGAUCAUGGUUACAGUGCUGGAUGCGAACGAUAAUGUGCCUGUAUUUGACAGAUCCGUUUACCGGGUGAGCCUGGUGGAGAACGCACCGAGAGGAACGCUGGUGCUCAAGCUUAACGCCACGGAUCUGGACGAAGGCUCGAACGGCGAGAUCGUCUAUUCGUUCAGCGGCCAUGCGCCCUUGAAAGUGCGCGAGCUGUUCAGUGUCGAUUCUUUUUCGGGUGAAAUUCGGGUCAAGGGGAUUGUAGACUACGAAAAAGCCAGCGUCUACGAGCUUUAUGUGCAGGCUAAAGACAAGGGUCCCUCUGCUGUUGCCGUGCACUGUAAAGUACUUGUCGAUAUAUUGGACGUGAACGACAACGCGCCAGAGGUCAUCUUGACCUCUGUCUCCACACCUGUGCAGGAAGAUGCGCCUCCGGGGACCGUGAUAGCCGUGAUCAGUGUUAUGGAUCGUGACUCCGGGGAAAACGGAGCAGUGGACUGUAAGAUUCCCAGCCAUGUGCCCUUUAGGCUUCACUCGUCCUUUAAAAACUAUUACACUCUGGCGACGAGCGAAUUUCUGGAUAGAGAGUCGGUAGCCGAAUACAACAUCACUCUCACGGCGCGAGAUUUAGGCUCUCCACCGCUCUCCACCGGGAAAACUAUUAAUGUUCUUGUGUCGGACGUGAAUGACAAUCCUCCACGCUUCCUUCAGCCGUCCUACACCGUCUAUGUGACCGAAAAUAACGCACCAGGCGCUUCCAUUUGCUCUGUGAGCGCAGUGGAUCCGGACUCGAACCAGAAUGCCUAUCUGUCCUACUCUAUUCUGGAGAGUCAAAUAAGGGGCAUGCCUGUGUCCACGUAUGUUUCUAUUAACUCAGACAAUGGCAACAUUUACGCUCUUCGCUCCUUCGACUACGAGCAGCUCCGCAACUUUCAGAUCCGAGUCCAGGCGCGGGACGCCGGUUUCCCGCCGUUGAUUGGAAACGUGACUGUCAAUGUGUUUGUGUUGGACCAGAACGAUAACGCACCACUAGUCGUUUCCCCGCUGCCGAGGAACGGCACAGCGGCUACUGAGACGGUGCCGAGGUCGGCGGACGCAGGCUACCUCGUAGCAAAAAUUACAGCGCUGGACGCGGACGCCGGGCAAAACUCUCGCCUCUCGUACCAGGUGCUACACGCCACUGACCCGGGUCUAUUCAGCAUCGCGCUCUACACGGGUGAAAUUCGAACCAUCCGCCGCUUCGUAGACAAAGACGCCACGAGACACAGACUCGUUAUAUUGGUCAAGGACAAUGGGCAGCCCUCUCUUUCAGCCACCGUAUCCCUCAUACUGACGCUAGUGGACGGCGUGCCGGAGUCGCUGUCCGACCUGGAUGACCAUGCCUUCAGCCACCGAGCGCCUUCUAACCUCGCGCUCUAUCUGAUCAUCUCGUUGAGCGUGGUAUCGCUCAUCUUCCUAGUAGCCAUCAUCGUACUGGCAGCGCUGAAGUGCUACAAAGACCGGGACUGUCCUGGAGGGUUCGGUUUGUCCUCUAUCGGUGCUGCGUGCUGCACUCUCGAAUCCGAGCCGCCCACGGAAGCAUGCAAAAAGUCGAACCUGAAUCUGCAGAUUUCCAGCGGAACGAAGGUGCCGACGAACUGUGUAGAGAGCAGUACCGGAACCACGGCUCAGAACUACUGCUACAAGGUGUGCUUGACACCCGAAUCAGCCAAGACUGACUUUAUGUUCAUGAAGUCUUACAGUCCGAGCACGCCGAGAAAUAACGCCGCUAAAGAGGCUGAAAAUCUGGCAUGGAGCUCACAGAGCCGUAGCUCUUCGGCGAAUAACGGAGCGACAACUCCUAACGAGUUAAAACAAGACAAUACUAACUGGGCUUUUAACAAGAACCAAACUUCAACUUUGAAAAGUUAUAACUCAGUCAAUAUGGAUGGCACCCUUGUGAGGAAGGUGAUGCAGACUGAUUCUGAGAAUUAUGUAAGUCCAGUGGCUGCAGGACAGUACUGGACCUGGGGAACACGAAUGAGAGAGUGCAAGAUGUCUUCCCCUGCGGCAGGCCUCCCUGAGCGGGCAUGGACACCCCGCUACACCCCCACAAAAAUACCCCAACAGCAGCAGCCUUCAGGUCAAUCACAUGGUCAUCCUCCACCUGACUACCAACACAAUGUCUACAUCCCUGGGACUCCAUCUGCCCUCUGUACCCUGAGACCCAGCAGUCGCAGUGAGCUUGAUGUCCAUAACACCUUCUCCACCUUUGGCAAGAAGCGCAAGUUCAUCACCCCCAGCAGUUAUGAGUCGAGGGAUGAAACAGGGACUGAAGUCAUCAAUAAUGACCUGUAUAAUGAAUAGAAUAGAAAAGAGUUGAGAGAGUCUGCAACAGCGUGUGAGAUGGUGGACAGAACAUGUAGAGAGGGAGCAAAUAUGGUGAUGGGAAAAGCAGUGAAACAGAGAAGAAACUAGAAGAUCAGAAAUAUUAAUCACAACCAAAGCAGAGCCUAUUUAUCCAAACCAUAUUGCUCUAAUUUUACAGCUAUAUAUGCUUCUGAUCAGGGUCUUAUGCUUCCCAAGACCCGGAUUGCUCUUAGAGACACCAAUUGGUUUAUGUCUGUCAUGUUUGUAUGUUUGUGGCAUAU